AAGUAUCUGUCGGUCCUGUUCAUCUGAGGUGCGUCUCCACUCUCGAUCCCUCCUGCCAUCAAUCGUCGACGACUGUGCGCUUUACAUCCCAUUCACAUGCCUCUUUGGAUGAACCAUGGACUCACCAGCAGCCUUUCAAUCGCCUAGCAGUCAUCCUUCCCGCUCUCGUGCUCAAACCAAUAACCUAUCCCGCCCUCGCACAACCUCCUACGCCGUCGCCGUUGAUAGCCGCGGUGCCAUACAGAAACGGUCGAGACAGAACGAUCAUACCCGUUCCAUCUCCUUGUCACAGGAUCGUCUAUUCCGGCUGGCCACCGAGCAGUCAAACGCUCAAUUUGUUCCUCCAACAACUUCCAUACCGGACCCGUCUCUGGGUCUUCAACUUCAGUGGAUCACUCCUCAACACUCCCCACAACCUCAAGGAUUCUCAGAGCCCGUUAUCGAAGCCUUCCCGCAGUGGUCCGUCCCGACUCCUCCCCGAUCAGACUCAGGUAUCCCGAACGUUGUCGACGCCGACGAUUCCUCCGCUUGCAUCGGCUCCUCCGCCGGAUUUGAUCACUUCGAGCCUGCAACCGCCGCCGAAGAGAUGAGGUGUGUUACACCAAAACGAAACGCUGUGUUACGAAGAUCUGACGACCGCGAUAGCUCAUUAGGCUACCUGCUGCCGUCGCAGUAUGGCGCAUCACCAUACGAGUCGGAACAAAACAGCAGUAAGCUUCUUGUUGGCAAGCAUCGACGACGACUCAACUAACCACCAUGGUAGACUACGCUCCUAUGGAACCCAACUCGAUACCACCUAUGCGCACACCCCAAACCUCGACAACAAGUGCACCAGCUUCAUAUGCGCCUGGCGCAUCUACCAGCCCAGCUCUGUAUCAACACGCCCGACAUCCAGAUGCUGCCCGACGUUUCCCUGACUCUCCUUCAUCCUACGAACAAAGCUACCGAGCGGUAGCGACAAGUAAUCCUUACGACAUGCGUCCGAGCAGCAACUACUCUGUUGUCUCG